UUUAUAGCUAAAGAAAAUCAUGGACUUCGAAAAUCAUCAAGAAGAAGAAGAAACUGAACCACCACCGAGUUACGACGACUCACUCAACAACUCGAACUCAACUCACCCAACAAAAAUGCCGAGUCCUACACCAAUGGAACUCGAACCCUUAGCGGUGGUUCACACGUGGCAUAAUAAUAAGCCAAAGUACAAAGAGUGUCUGAAAAACCACGCCGUAAGUAUCGGCGGCCACGCCGUAGACGGCUGUGGUGAGUUCAUACCUGCCGGUGAAGAUGGCUCACUUGAUUCCCUCAAAUGUGCUGCUUGUAACUGCCACCGCAAUUUCCACCGUAAAAUUACGCAACCACCACCCACCGCCGUUGAACCGCCGCCGUUUGUUAAUUACCAUUUGCCGUACUACAGAAGCUUACCGCCACCUUGUGGGUAUUUACAGUACCACGUGGCGCCACAACAAAGACCGUUAGCUUUGCCGUCAACUUCUGGAGGUGGUGGGUAUCGUGAAGAUCAGGAAGACAUGUCCAACCUCAACAAUAGCGGAGGUGGUUCGAAGAAGCGAUUUCGGACAAAAUUUAGCCAAGAACAGAAGGAGAAAAUGCAAGAACUAGCAGAUAAAUUGGGGUGGCGGAUUCAAAGGGAAGAUGAGGAGUUGGUGCAGCAGUUGUGCAACGAAACUGGAGUGAGAAGGCAAGUGUUUAAAGUUUGGAUGCAUAACAACAAGAACACUCUUGGUAAGAAACCCUAGAACAAAAAGAAAAAGAAAGAAGCCCCAUUAUUUUUAGGUAUUUUUGUUAAUAUUUAUGUUAGAUAUUGACUACUUAUUUUGUAUCUGGAAAUUAAACCACCUAUCUUCUUGUUAGAAGAGGAAGACUUUGAAAUUAAUUUGAGAUGUAGCUGAGAAUGUGAUCUUUAUCGAUAGUAGUUGAUAUUA